UUUGUGUCUAUGUACCAAAAUGCGACUCGAUUUGGUGCAAAAAAAAUUUUCGAAUGUGUUUUAUCAGAAAUACUGUUGGGUUUGGUUGGAAUGUUAUGAAAAUUAAGAAAAAUGGACGAGGAUGAAGAAAUUAAUAUUGUAGGCGAUCCAGAUUUCUUAAAAAGCGAAUAUACAGUCCAUCCACAAUGGUUGUUAGAUAGACCCAGCACAAAUCCAGAUUGUUGGUAUAAUAAUUCACCCAACAGGGUACGCGAAGAUUCCGACCAUGAUCCUAUUCCUAUAGGACAUAUAACUACAGAAAACUCGAUAACAGACGAAAGUGGCUGGACAGAAAAGGAGAAAACUUUGUUGGAAAGAGGAAUAGAAAUCUUUGGAAAGAGUCCCCUCCGUUUAUCACAGUUUAUAGGAACGAAAACACCGUCUGAAAUAAAAUACUAUUUUAAAAGUUUUUAUAUGGAGCUUCAUCCAACACAUUCUGCUAAGAAUAGAGAACCGAGAGACGAUUUUGUACCCAUUCAUAAUAUGCUUAUGGAUCCUCAGAUACCUUGUACGAGCAAGCAAAUUGUUGUGAAUGAUGUUGAAAAGCGUAAAAGGAAGAGGAAGCGGAAAAUGAGUAAAUCAAAAGAGCUGAAUGCAAUUAAAAUUCCUAAGCAGAAACAUCAUUUUAAUAAAUUCAAUAUAAUUCCAAAUAAAGGGCAUGGAAAAACGGGCCCGGCUAACCCUGUUCAGACAACUUCUAGUUCUAGUGAUAAUGUGCCUGUUACUCCAAAACUUCUACAAGGGGAGGUUGUGUAUAUGACAAAACAUUCAGAUUCAGAUGUAGAAAUAGAUAUAGAAGACGAAGACGAUUGUGAUAAUGAAAAAACUUUAUUGCAAAGUGAAGAGACUCCGUCUGUUAGCACACAAUUGUUAAAUGAACCUUCAAGUUGUGUAGAAAGCAGUGAGAAUGAAGGAAAUUCAUCAGAUAAUGAGCAACAAGUUUUGAAUCAAUUGUCUUCCUUAGACAUUCCCCGAUGUGAAGUUAAAUUGGAAACAGAUUCUGUAUCUGACUUGGAAAGAUAUGUUUUCAGCGAGUUUCUCUCUCAAACGACCAACGAAAAGUCUACAGAAAAUUACCUAAAACUAAGGAAUCACAUUAUUUUCAUUUGGAAUUAUAAAAAACCAAACUACUUAACAAAAGGCGACAUCCAAAAAGGUUACAAACCAUCAGUUAGGGGAACCUUAUGUAAGAUUCACAAUUUUCUUGAACAAAUAGGGGUGAUUAACUACGGAUGCGGGAGGGUGAGGUAUAUCAGGCCCAUGCACAAAAUCUUCAAGAACCCUAAAAACGACAAUAAACUGAAGACCAGUUCUCAGCCUAAAAGAUUCAAAAAGAAGUUCUUGUAUAAUGGUGAAGGAGGGUGUACGAUGAGUCAUGGAGCUCACGGUGAGAUAAUCGAUGCCACAGUUAUAAAUCAGGAUCCUGUACAUUCUAGAUCUAAGACGGUGAAGAAACAUCCUACCUAUUUGAUUUAUUGUAAACCCACACCUCUGGAGUAUAAAUACAAGUUAAAAUUGCAUCUGUCAACCUUACUUCUGAUGGAUUUUCAUGCUCACUCUUCUUUGAGCGAAGUUAUGGGGCUAGUGGGGGGUUUGUGGAAUCCUGACACAAAAUUUUUGUCAAUUAUGCAUUAUGAACCUUGUAAGAACUUGGCCUCGUCUACAACCCAUUGUGAUAUGUGUCCCGUAUCUCAGUCCGUGGCUGCAGAGAGAAUUAAUGAUAUAAAGAUGAUUUUAUUGGGUUGGUUCCACUCGCAUCCCACUUUUGCACCCGAGCCAUCUCAGCAAGACUUGGACACGCAAAGACAGUUACAAAAAUGGAUAGGUGAUGAAAAACCAUGUGUGGGGGUCAUCUUGUCACCUUUCAACAGACCCACAGCUUUGACACCCUCCGAGUACCGUUGUAUGAUAGUGGAUAAAUUUGAAGAGGACGAAAGGUUCUUACCUUAUAAGUUUAAAGUUGAAAUAGUGUCGGAACAUUUCGAUUUGGACAGUUUCAUAGCUAAUAUCGUGAGCCUUCGCAAUUUUAUACUUUCAAACAGUGAAUGUCAAGAUCCAAAACUGAAAGUAAAUUUUCAAGAGCCGUACAUGCAUGAUAAGAGUAUAACCUUUUUGGAAAAAUAUAUCUCGAGUGCUAGAAUGACUUUGGAGAGGUACUUAUCUGAGCAACUUUGCCAGAAAAUUGUUAAAAGUAUUGCAAGUGUCUUUAGUGAUGAGAGAGCAUAGUGUAGUCGUUGAUAUUUUUUGUUAUUCUUGAAACGUUUUUAAACUAUUGUUAUAUCCUCAAAUAGUUUGCUGAAUGAUAGAAAGUUUUUAAUAGUGUAUUGUUUUAAAUGAAUAGCUGAAAUUGCACCUUCGGCAAAUCAAGUUCUGGUGUCAAUUUGUCAAUAAACUGAAAUUGUAUUAGUUAAAAAAAAUGGAGCAUAAUGACCAAAAUCUUCCAAUUAAAUGAUAUGCCCAA